AAAACAGGAAGUACUGGGGCGGCCCUUCCCAUAUACCUGUUUCACAUAUAGGACCUGCACAAAGGAACACACAGUGCAGGAAAGCGAAAAAGGUGGAGGAAGAGGAGGAGGUGGUGGGCACUGUGGAGUAGUUUCCCAGUCGUCAUGACGACCUCACACCCCACCAUCCUGCUAUCUUCUUGUUACCACGGUGACCUGAUCCCGUUUCAUCUCCGCUCUUCUUGAUGAUCCGGAUUGGCUCGAUAAAUAAGUGCGAUCCGGGAGUGCCUCUUCCUAUUUCAGGAACGAGCUUGUGGACGCGAGAGCAGAUCCCACGCAGGGACGCAGAUUGGAGGACAGGACUGGGAAUGCUGUGGGAGUAACUCCGGAGCGUUGCCUGGAAACAGCAGCAUGCCAGUACAACAGAUAACUGUGGUUCCGUCCAGGGACAUAGCCAACAAUGGCAAGAGCGCUCUUCGCUCCAAAGACAAGACCGAGGGGAGGAAGGCACCUGGGCGCUCAGGGAGUCGAUCCAGCAACAUCUCCAAGGCUAGCAACUCGACUGCAGGGCUUACUACAGCCUCAAGGACAUCCAUAACACCAUCCGCUCAGGACAUAUGCAGUUCUGGACAGCUGUCCCGCUUAGAGGAGGAUGCGUCUGAGUCACGCAAACACAAAAAGCACACACACAACUCCUCUGCAAUGACAGUCACUGGCACCACUCUGGGCUCAUCGGCUCAGGCACAAAAAAAGCAGGUGAAGCGACGUCACCGCCGCAAGAGAAGCAGCUGCACGGCCAUCGACUGCGUGGAAACCAAUGGCAAGCAGGACCACAACGACCGGAGCCUCAGCUCUGACCGUAGUGAGUUGGGCGAGAAGAGGGAGCGCUCCUUCAGGAACCGGAGGGAUCUCCCACCUCGCUUCCGGUGCACAGGUGCGCCGCCUUCAGACUCCUCUGAGGAUGAGGCGUGCCGCGAGAGCCGCAGCUGGAGCAAAGAGAAAGCCAGAAGAGCGCGCCGCCGCAGCGGGAGCAGCCGGGACAGGGAGGUGAUAAACACACACAAAGGAGGAGAAGACAAAGCCGAGAUCAUGGAGCUGCAAUCUGUGGGCUCAGAUGAAGGGAAAGAGAGUCAACCUCUGAUGGAGGACAGCAGCGGCCUUAAGAAGCGCCACAACCACGGGAGCUCGGUGAAGAGAGACAGCCAUGCAUCGCAGAGGGAUCGAUCGCAGGGCAGAGAUAAGGAUACGAAGAGCUACAAAUCACAGAGCCCAAGAGGCAGCUCCUCAUUGGCCGACGAUGGCGAGGAGCUCAUCACCAAGAGAUACCAGGAGAAGGGGUCAGGGGGCGGGGACAUGUCAGUGCCCACACUCCAGAAACACUGUGAUGCGAAUGGGAACACACCGCAUCCCUGCUCUGAUGACUCUGAGCUGGAGGUCUGCAGGAUCUGCCACUGUGAGGGGGACGACGAGUGUCCGUUGAUAAUGCCCUGUCGCUGCACGGGAAGCCUCAGUUUUGUUCAUCAGGCCUGUCUCAACCAGUGGAUCAAAUCCUCCGACACUCGCUGCUGUGAACUCUGCAAAUUUGACUUCAUCAUGGAGACGAAGCUCAAACCUUUAAGCAAGUGGGAGAAGCUACACAUGUCAAAGAGCGAGAGGAGGAAGAUCUUCUGCUCAGUGCUGUUUCACCUGAUAGCGAUAGUGUGUAUGUUGUGGUCCGUCUACAUUCUGGUGAGGAGAACUGCUGAAGAGAUCCGACUCGGAAAGAACGGUGUGCUGGAAUGGCCCUUCUGGACUAAGCUGAUUGUGGUGGCCAUCGGCUUCACGGGUGGCCUCAUCUUCAUGUACAUCCAAUGUAAAGUCUACCUGCAGCUGUGGCGCCGCCUCAAGGCCUUCAACCGCAUCAUCACUGUGCAGAACUGUCCCGAGAAGGACCUGCACAACCCCCAGGCCUGGCACAGCACCAUCGCCAAUGGCAGGCAUGAAACCGUGGAGGUGCCGGUCAGCCAGGCCCUCGCCCAAGCUCCGGCAGCGCCGAUGGACUCUGACACGUCGGUGGAAGCCGCUGUGGCACCGGCGCAAAACCCCGUUUGA